AUGUUGGCGCAGGCUAGAAUUAAUACGUUGAAGGAGAAGAUGAAGGUUCUCAAAGAUCUAUACACGAGUCGGCGCUACACACAGUGCGCAAACCUUGGAGAGCAUCUGCUGGCCGAAGUCGACGACAAGGUCCAUCCUGUACAUACCGCUUACUUAAAUUUCUACAUUGCACUCUCUCACGAUACACUGGCAAGAGAAGCGACCCUUAAAAAUCGCUAUAAAGAAUUGAAUGCUGCGGAGAAGUACUACAAGGAGACUAUCGUCGCUCUUGCACCACCCUCGCCAUCUUCUACUGCACCGACCGUGGACGACGAGCAGCCCAUGACACCAGACUCCGCCACCAUUCCAGACGAGCAGGCCUGGUUCCGACGAUUGUCUAGAACGAGAUCUUUCGACUCCACUAGCAGUUAUCGCAGCUCGACCUCAAGCACGGCUUCCUACGCCUUUGACUUGGAGCAGGACCCAGAUCUUGCGCUUAGGAAUUUCCGCUUUCCAUCACCACCCGGAAAAGACGCGAAUUGGGGUACGCCUGCCGAGUCUAAAACCCUAUCACAGUACUUUAGCAACGACAAUGUGCUAUCACCGCUAUCAACCGAGCAGGUGCGAUCGAAACCAGGGGUCCGGUUACCGAAUGGCACCCCCGCCUUUAUUCGUAUGGUAGAGGGUCACCUUGCUAGUGUUAAAACUCUUAAAGAGGCUACUGGUGUACGGGGUGUCCGAUUUGCCUUCCCAACACCUUCUCCCUCGCCCACAAAGUCGUGGUUUAGGGAUUCGAGGAGCAGUCCCCUAUCAGAAGAGGAAGAGAGGGAAAACCGACGACAGAAGAGGAGGAAUGUGACAUUCCGACCACGCUUUGAUCCUGAGAGUGUGCGGCAGCUGUGCAAUGAUGCACUGGCAGAGCUCUAA